CUUGCCAAGGACAUUGUUAAUUCCGCUCUUAUCUUUAUAUGUGCAUUACAAACAUGACGCUCCGAACGUAUUUAGGUGUUCUGGUGGUUUAUUUUGUCGUCCUGCUGUCUGAGAUAUGCACCGCCGAACCACUUCACUGUGGAGGUAGGGACUGCGAUGCCCAUCAUGAUUCAUGUCAAUUACAACACAACAGCCACUUCCACUGUGCUGAUCGAAAACAUUGCCAUGGUGUGUGUCACGAAAAUAUGUCCCCUGAAGAACGCCAAGUUUGCUGUUGUCACACACAGCACUGUAUAGACACCUUCUUAAGUCACGUCCUCCCGGUAAACCCCUUUGCAAAUUUAGGUGCAGGUAUUACAUGCGGGCCUGACAUAUGUAGCACAGCAGAAGAACCGUUUUGUGUAAUACAUCACGGAGGAUUCGAAUGCGAUCAUCAUUGUGAUGAGCACCAUAUGUGUGAACCAACACCACCCAUGCAUAAUGGGAACGUCGCGGACUGUUGCUGUAAGGAUCAGGCAUGCGUCGACUUUAUCACUAGUAAUUACCACGUGGAAAUGGCGGGUGUAAAAUGUCCAGAUUGUCCAAAUGUUCAGCAUAACGAGUGUCAUGGAGAUCUACAUCACCGCUGUCCGCCUCAUGAACUAUGUAAAGUUAAGACCAACGAUAUGGGUAUUUUAUCAACAAACUGUCAAAGGAAUGACGAUUGUCUCAGAGAACAACUUGCGGGUGUUUUCGGACCUGACGCCAAUGACCAGUUCUGCUGCGCUACACAAACGUGCAUACUCAAUGCAAAACGACAAGCCUUGGGAAUAACAACAACAGCAACAACUGUCGUGCCAACACCUGCCCAAACUAAUGCGCAAAUGGCCUCGACCCAGCCCCUUCCCACAGCAACGCCCCUACCCACAACUACAGCCAAGCCCUUACACUGUCCAGUGUGCACUGACGCUUUUACCGGAGACUGCCCGCGAAAUGCACUUUGUGCCUCGGAUGAGGGGUGCUUGCUAGUCGUUACCGCUGGCAAAUUACAGACUGGAUGUAAAGAGAUAAGUGAUUGCAAAUACCACGAGAGGAUAGGCGACAGUGUGUGUUGUACGGACAAGAACUGUACCGAUAAUGCCUUCAAACAAAUGAAUGAUAUGGCCUUUACUUGUCCAACGUGCGAGCACACACAGGAUCCACAAUCAUGUAUGAACACGCAAGGGAAAUGUUCUUAUCUGAGUAAGGGCUGCAUGAUCACACAUUCCCAGAGCGGUUUAUCAUCUGGCUGCAAUACACAUAAAACGCACUGCCAAAGGGCGGAAGAUCUUAACUCCGUACUAUGUAACGUGCACCCGAUCCCGUUUGCGUACUCACCAGGACUCCAAUGUAGCUUCUGCUGUCAUAAAAAUGAUAGCACGUGUGUACUAGACGCGCUGGGAAUCCAUGAUGUGACCCCGCCACCGACUUCUGAUCCUGCAGCUGGAACUUCAGCUUUAUGUGCUGACCAUGAAGACGCGAGCUUUUCGUGUAAAACCUACGACACACAGUUUGGCCUGUGCUCCAGUUCUAGUCCGCUGAUGGUCCAACUUGUCAACACUAAGUGUCGUAAGACUUGUGGCCAAUGUCCAGCUGCUGUAACAGUGGCUAUCACCACAGGAUCGCCUAUCCAAUGUGUGGACAAAGUCGGUACGUGCUCUGGAAUGGCUAGCUUUUUAUGUACAUCAACUGAUCCUUCCUCACAGACAUAUGCCAACGAAAACUGUGCAAAGACGUGCAAUCUGUGUGUCACAAUACCAACAACGACUGUUAUCCCAUGCGUGGACGUUGAUAGCACAUGCGCUGGGAUGGCUAGCUUCCUGUGUUCAAGCACUGAUCCUGUCUCACAGGCUUACGCCAAGUCACACUGUGCUAAGACGUGCAACCAAUGUACCACAGCACAAAGUCCGACAACAACUCUGGUCCCUGUGCAGUGUGUCGAUCACGACCUGAACAACAACUGUGUGACUAUGGCUAACGCGCUGUGUACUUCACAAGAGCCCCAUGUGAAGAAUUUUGCGAUUGCUACCUGUGCUAAAACGUGUAAUCUGUGCACAGAAUACAACCAACACCUCGCUGGAUUGACGCUUCCACUGCUGGGAUAGCGAUCUACCGGUUAAAUAUAUAUACAUGUCGUCAUUAUUUUGAAAUAAAUUUUGUUUCAAUCUU